GAGGUCACGUGACGGAGUGACGUCAAGCUGGAGAGGAAGGCAAGGGAGAGUUAGCUUGCGUAUGUGUGUGUGAGUGUUUUUUUAACAGACCCUCUUGCUCAAACGAGGAGUCUCUGCAAGUCCGUGUCACUCAGUCUUUCUUUUUUUUUCCUCCCAAUUUUCGUCCGCAUUGUUUCCCCGUUAUUAUUGUUGCCUGUUGCGUCAUCUUCUCCCUCACAAAACUUAGUUUUGCAUGAUGGACUUCUAAACAACUUAUACACCGCCACAAGGGAGCCGAGGUCGAGUUGCGGGGACAGCACCUUGAGCAGCGAAGGCCAGGCUUCCCUCUCCCGAGUCACUUCGUCAACCUGUUCCAGGGGGAUCCUGAAGUGUUUUCAGACCAGCCAAGAGAGGGAGCGCCCACACACGCUGCAAAGGAAAGUUCUUUCGGCAGCUUGUAGCUGCGAUCUCAUUCUUUCAGUCACGACCCACAUCUCGUAACCAUAGCAGUGAGCCUACAAAUUAAAGGACUGUCAGACAUGGGGAAGCAGAACAGCAAGCUCCGUCCGGAGGUGAUGCAAGACCUGCUGGAGAGCACUGACUUCACUGAGCAUGAGAUCCAGGAAUGGUACAAAGGCUUCUUGCGGGAUUGCCCCAGUGGAAACUUGUCCAUGGAGGAGUUUAAGAAUAUCUAUGGCAAUUUUUUCCCUUAUGGAGAUGCUUCGAAGUUUGCAGAGCAUGUCUUUCGUACAUUUGAUGCAAAUGGUGAUGGGACAAUAGACUUUCGGGAGUUCAUUAUUGCUCUAAGUGUGACAUCACGUGGUAAGCUGGAGCAGAAGCUAAAAUGGGCCUUUAGUAUGUAUGACCUGGAUGGAAAUGGGUACAUCAGUAAAUCUGAAAUGCUGGAGAUUGUACAGUUGACGACGUGUCUACGAUGGAUUGAGGCUCACGGGAGACCGCACGUACAACUAAAUGUGGACAAUAUCAACAAACACAAGGCUGUAUGUUCGAAGGCUAUUUAUAAGAUGGUGUCCUCUGUGAUGAAGAUGCCUGAGGAUGAGUCAACGCCUGAGAAGAGGACAGAGAAGAUUUUCAGGCAAAUGGACACCAAUAGAGACGGAAAGCUGUCUCUGGAGGAGUUCAUCAGGGGGGCGAAGAGUGACCCCUCCAUCGUACGCUUGUUGCAAUGUGACCCCAGCAGUGCUGGACAGUUUUAAAGAUCAUCAAGGCAUCGACUUGACUUUUUUCUGGGUGAUCCAUAAUGCCCUCCACCCUCCGCUUUGGAGAAGACUGAUGAUGAAGAAUGUCAAGCAUUUGACAAUGAAGACAACAGGUUUCAGUAUACACUGAAGACGUCACAGAUGUGCACAACUCCUGACCCGCUAGCAGUUUUUCUAAAUCCAGCCAAACUCCAACUGCCAGACGUUCUAUCGGUUUUGAUUGUCGUCAAGAGGCUCACGGAGAAGUUUCCACUAGGGUGUAUGUACACUGUUGUUUCUGUAUCAGUGUCCUUGCUUGGCUCUUUUCGCACCGUGCAGUGGCCCUAAUGUGUAUCGAGAUGAAUGAGAAGCAGGACAAUAAAAAUGAUCUCAUGUAAGCAAGAGAAUUUCAUACGCAGAGCAGACUUGACAGGAACUAUUACAUUUGAUUUCUUCUUUGCUACAUUUAUGUGAGACUCUAUACUAAUGUUUUGUUUUCAUUUACAGCACUUGCAAGGUCUCACAAAGUUAAAGAUGGUUUGAAUGUUAGUGAGUGUCUCUUGAGGAUUGGCACGGGAUUUCUUUUCUUUUUUUUUCAAUUAAGUUUUUGAAUUCUUUGUUGAGAUGUAUGACCAAAAAAAGCAAUUUGUAAAUCAGAUCCAGCUUGGGAUGAUUUUACAGUCUUUGUAUUCAUGCUUCAGCAGGCUUUCCAAAAAAAAACAACAACAAAAAAAAAAAGCUUUGUAUUAGAAGAUAAAAGGCACCACUUUUAAAUUUAGAUGUUUUUGAAUGCCGCAUGUCCGUUGGGAUCAGUACUACUCCUAACACAUAUGCAUGGGCUAAUGCUUAUACGUUUACAGUGAGUGGCUGAAUGGCUUGUCACACAUGCAGCUCUGUUUGUUCUCUUCCCAAGUACUGUACUUCAAGGAUCAGUACUACCAGUUGUCAGUAUUAUUGAGACCACUGUUGGAUUUCUUUUUUAAAAAGUAGAAAGAAUGUGACUCCGAGUAGCAGCUUGCCCACUUCGCAACGGAGGAGCCAUUUCAGUUAAGCUUGGCUUUGAGUCUUAUAUUGAAAUACUGCUGUUUUUUAUUUUAUACCAAAACACAUAAUCACUCCAGAAACUACUGCAAUGAUACCCUGAAUGGGUUGCUUUUACUGUAUUGUGGGAUUUUUUUUUUUUUUUUAUCUUUUGCAGAACUCUGUCAGGUGUUAACUCUGUAAAACGCAAAAAAAAAAAAAAAAAAAGCAUAUUGUGGUUAAAUGCCAAAUAAGCAACAGUAUUGUAUAAAUGUAUACUGUAUAUUUGUGGUUUGUUCGAUGGAAUGUUUGUAAUUGUUGCAUUUUUGUAAGGCUUGUAUGGUAUCCUGUUUGGUUACCCUUUAAGAAAUAGAGAAUAGAAAUAGAGGAUUCUGAUUUUGGUCAGCCUUAAAAGUAAAAAAAUUAAAUUAAAUGUAGUAUUUCGUG